AUGUCGUCGUUGUCGCAGCUUCACCAGUCGGCGCCCGACGUGCCCAUGGUCGUGGCCUCGCACCACUCGCGCAGUGAACGGCGAGUCGCGCCGGCGUGGAGCCUGGCGCAGUUGAAGACGCGACUGGAGCCCAUCACGGGGGUGCCGGCCACGUGCCAGCGGUUGACGCUGCGGAUCGGCUCGCAGGCGCCCAUGGCCCUCGAGGCGACCGACGACGAGGCUGCCCAACUGUCCGCCUUUCCUCUGCAGCCUUAUGCCGAGAUCUACGUCCACGACACGCGUCCCGCCGCCGCCCGCACCGACUUCUCCGAUGUCUCCGCCGUCGACAAGUACGUGAUGCCGGCCGACGAGUACGAGCACCGCUCCGACAGCGUCCUGGCCUGGAAAAAGGCCCAGAAGCUGGGCCGUUUCGACCCCAACGCCGGCUCGCUUGAAGAGCAAAAGGUCAAGGCGCUCGAGCGCGAGGUCCACGAGCGAGGCAUCCAGCUACACCUACGCUGCCAGCUCCUCCCCGCCUCCAGCGACGCCCGCCGCGGCGCCAUCGCCUUCAUCGGCCCCGUGCCCGACAUCCCCGGCACGGCCGGCGCGCCUUGGAUCGGCAUUGCGCUGGACGAGCCGACGGGCAAGAACGACGGCUCCGUCAAGGGCACGCGCUACUUUGACUGCAAGCCCAAUUGCGGCGUCUUUGUGCGCCCGGAGCGUGUCGAGGUCGGCGAUUUCGCCCCGCUUGAUGAUGGGCUCGAUGAGGAUUUGGAGGAGAUUUAG